AUGCAAAAGCCAACAGUCACACCCAGCGAUGAAGAGAACGCAUUCGUCCAGCAGAUCCUCGAACAUACGAACAGUGUCGAAGCAGGAUUCUUAACCGCUCAGGCCGCAGUCGACAUCUUUAACCGCAGCGGUCUCUCUCGACUCGAGCUACGCGACAUCUGGAGCCUUUCGGAUGCAGACAGCAACGGGCGAUUGUCCCAAGAUGAACUGGUGGUGGCGAUCCGGCUAAUGGGAUGGAUGCAGAGUGGUAGGCCCUUCUCGGAAUCACUGUUAGAGAAGCCUGGACCCUUGCCGGCAAUUGAAGGCAUUUCACCACCACCUCCGCCCCAGAAGGAUCCAGGGCUUUCCCCAUUGUCGACCUUUCCACCCAUCCGAUCUGCCAAUGUCCACGAGUUUUAUCAAAUGUUUCAAAACUCUGGUCUUGUAGACGGAUACCUCGAAGGUGACAAAGUGCGCGAUAUCUUCAUGUCUUUCAACUUAGCCUAUCAAGACUUGUCGCUGAUAUGGACUUUGCUCGAUACCACCAGCCGGGGACGACUGAACUUCUACGAGUUCGCUUUGGGAAUGUAUCUCAUUCAAGCACUCCGGUCUUGUCAUCUUACAGCCGUACCGCAGUCAAUACCCCCCGAAGUCCACGAUGAACUCCAUAGAGUUACCAGCGCAGUGGUCAACGAACUACAAUCGCCAUUCCUUGCGCCAGGAGAAACGCCAGUCAUCCCGAUGCCUAGCCCUCGGUUGCCCCCAGUCCCUCCAGCAAGAAGUCCUAGUGUUCCAUCCAAGCCUCCUGUUGUCAAGCCAAAGACGGCAACAAAGCCAUGGAUGGUUCUACCUCGCGAAAAGGCAGAAUACGAUCGAUCCUUCUCAGAACUCGAUCCCACCAGUAGAGGGUUGGUAUCCAAAGAUGACGUUGUCAACCAUCUACAACAGUAUCAGUUAGCAGAAGAAGACCUUUCCCAGAUUUGUAAUCUGGCGUCAAUGCGAAAGGAUGUCCAUCUCAAUGCAGAAGAGUUUGCAGUCGCGAUGCACCUAACGCAUUCGAAGCUGAAAGGAAAGGACAUCCCACAGACACUCCCCCCUUCCCUCAUCCCUCCUUCCUUACGUCCAAGAUCAGGGUCGAUAUCCUCUUCACCGGCGCACCCACCUCCGCCGCCUAAGCCCGCCUUCUACCUUCGUACAGACAAAGAACUCCCCAUUCCUGGCCCAUCUCGCCUACCACCACCUCCAUCAGACCAUCUCCGUCAUUCCAGGUCCAUGUCCUUCAACCACUACCCAUCGCCCAUAUCAGAGGGGGCUACUCCACGAAGUAGCAGCCCACCCAAUGCGCAGUCUACGCCGCCCUCGAUGCCCUCUUUCCUCAGUACAGAGCCUUAUUCUCCGAACCGUUAUCCAACUCCAAGUCCUAGUAUCUCGAGAAGAGGAACGCUCUACGGAACCGUCGCGUCUCCACUCAGCGAGGACGAUCCACUCGAAGAACUUAAGCUCGAGACCAAGACGCUCCGAAAGCAGAUAAACACGCUUCUCGAACAACUCGGUCAGCAAAACGACUAUCGCCAGCAGAACGAACAGUUGCGCACUGAGAACGAAGAGCUCAAAGGCAAGAUCUCCGAGCUCGAAUCCAACAUUGCUUCUGUCCUUGCCCAGAUGCAAAACAAUGACAACGCGCUUUCCGAGGAGCUUACCAAAGAGAUCGAGAGGCUAUCUAGCCGUGUCGCGGAACUCGAGCAGGUUGAACAUCAGCUCCAGCAAGCCACAGGGAUGUUGCAGGCGUCGAAACGGGAGAACUCAAACCUCACCUCGCAGAUACGGGAGUUGCGUUCUGCAGAAGCGAACUACAGGAGCGAGAUUGAGGAUGCGAGGCAUGCAAUGGAGGAGUUCGAGAGGGAAAAUGGAGAGCUGAAGACGAGACUGGCGGAUAUGACCAAGGUGAUGUCCGAGCCAGAUACAGCUAAUAGUGCACGAGAACUCCGUGUUCUGUUGCGGGACAUCACUCGAGAGAACCAAGGGCUCAAGGAACGCGUACGGGCAGCGGAGAGGUCGAGGGAGCAGCUCCUCCUUUCUAGUCGCGACACAACACAGAUCGAGGAUCUACAAAGGAAGAAUCGCGAGUUGCAGAUGGAGGUCCAGGAAUUGGAGCAAUUGACAGCACAGCUACAAUCAAGCCAGGAGGAUAAUCAUCUCCAGCAAGUGCUGUUAGUGGUGACAAGGGAGAACGAAGGGAUGAAGGUUAGAAUCCGGGAGAUGCAGCAGGAGAGGGCGGGCCAUGACAAUCGUGUCGCUGAAAUGCAGCGAAGGAUCCAGGAGUUGGAACGGGAGAACACGCAGUUGAAGACCGAGUCUUCGAGGAUGGCGCUCAGUAGUCAACACCAUGAUCAAGAUGUUCCUCCGCCGGCUUAUGACGAUUCGUUCAUCCCCCCUGAUUUGCAGGACCGCUGA